AUAAACCAGAAAGAUACAAUAUUAACAGUUCAAUAUCCAGGACACAAAAUUUUUUUUAAAGGACAAAAUAUCAGUGUUAAGUUUUGAUCAAGAAGCAAAAAUUGUGAAAUAACUUCGUGAUGUCUGCAAGAGGAAGAGGUAGAGGUAGAGGAUCCACCCGUUCUUUCAAUAGAGAACAAUUGAACGCUUUAGGCGCUACAGGUCCAAAUACUCCACCUUCACAUAAAAUCCCAGUGACAUUUGACUCAUCUAAAACUUCAGACUAUGAAAUAGUUCUAAGAAAUUCCUUUGUGAAACACCUACAGUCAACUUACUCCUACAUGAAUAUGCCAGAACAAUCCAACGAUGACUCAGAAAAGAUCAGACUUCCUGCCCCAAAAAAGAUGACUUACGAUUGGCACUUGUUACCCUCAGAACUACGUCCAAAAUUGAAGGCAAAAAGACAAAUCAAAGCUUUGAAGAAGGAGGACAACGACAGCUUCUUGGCGAAACUGGGAAAUUUGGAGAAAAUGGAGAGUAACUCUUGGUCUGAAGAGGUCAAAACUAAGCCUAAAGAGGAAGAGGAUGAAGAUGAUGGAAUGGAGCAAGGAGAUGAAGAUAUGGAGGAGGAAAUUGAAGAUGGAGAUGAUUAUGGCAAUAAUUACUUCGAUAAUGGUGAAGACUAUUGUAAUGAUGAAGAUGACAACUUAGAUGACGGUGCUAUAUAUUGAUAUUGUUAUCGUGUCAUGUUUCAUUAUGUAUUUAUUUUUUCAUUGUGUUAUUGUUUUGUUACCGUUUCACGGUGAUUUGUAAAAACUGAAAUGUGUUGAUUAUUUGUAAAUUAUAAUUCACUCCGACAUUUUAGUGCGAAAAGGAAAAGAUAAAAAAAAAAUCAUAAUACAUUCAAAUAUUUUGA